AUGACCUCAGUUCAGUUCACAGUAGGCAAGCUUGAUGCCGGCAUGGCAAUUUUGUUGACGGAAGACCACCACCUUAUUGAGUUUCCCUCACUCUUGCUUCCUAAAGGUGUUACUUCUGGAAGUAUCGUCAACAUUGCAGUCAGUCGCAACAUACCCGAAGAAGAGAGGAAGAUGAAGGAAUUUUGGGAAUUACAGGAAAGUAUAUUAGCAACCUUUGGUCAAGACGAACCAGAAGUCCCUGUUGUUCGUGUCAAAAACAUCACUCAAACCUCACUUAUCCUUGAGUGGGACCCUCUCUUAUUGCACACGGCCAAGCUUAGAUCACUCGACAUAUACAAGAACGGCACAAAGUUGGCUCAGCACGUACCUAGUGAUACCAAUUUCAUUAAACUAUCUGGAUUGGAUGUGGAUCAUGAAUUCGAAUUUCAUGUAGUUAUCAAAACAACUGCUGGUGAAUACAAAUCCAACAAAGUAAUUGCACGUACACACAAGAUGGAGAACUUGACCGGCAUCCGUGUUGCAUUUGGUACAUUCGAGGAACCAGAGCCAGCAAUUACAGAAUUGAAGGAUUUGUUAUCAAAGAUGGGCGCUUCUUGGUCAGAUGAAGUGAGCGUGGAGACAACUCAUUUGUUGGCUCAACUUCCUGGUGGAGCAAAUUAUGAUCGUGCCGUCCAACAUUCUAUACCUAUUGUGAAGCCUGAAUGGUUGGUACAGUGCGACAGAAACAAGAAGAUUCAGCCUGCACUCCCAUACUAUAUUGUCAGCGUUCCUAAUAAUGAAUAA